ACUACAUCUCCCAGGCCGCCACGCUUUCCAGCUGGAGUCCUAGGGCGCCGACUGCUCCCCAGUUUCCGUAGGGAAGCGCCGGGCCACCGCGGCUAUUGUGCGUCGCGCUCGCCCUUCUCUUCCCGCUCGGGUGUCUAUGGAGCAAGGCUACAUUUCCUUGCCGCCUCGGCUUAACCCUUCCGUCGCCUAACAGGACAGCAGGCCGGCUCCCAGGGACCAGGAAGAAGUCUUGGGAGCCGGAGGACUCUGGUAACAAAACCCUAGGGUGCAAGGCACACAGUUGAAGGAGCCCGAGCGCUCGGGCUCGGUACCAGGGCUUGGCUGGGGCGGGGCAGAGGCGCUGGCUUUAAGAAGGGGGAGGGGACGGUGCAGUCAGGGUUGCCCGCGGAGUUCGGCAAAGGAAAUCUGCUAGCUCCGGAGAGGAGAGCGAGGAGCGCGGAGAGGCGGCUCCCAUCCCCAGCGCUCACCCCCGCCUACACCCUGGGCGGGCCGAAGUGUCACGUUUGCAAUUGCUCUGGAAGGAUCCGGCCGGUCUCCAGAGGCGAGCCGGGCUGCGGUUUCUGCUGCCCGUCUGGGGAAGCGAUGCCUAGGGGGCAUGCUGCUUGCUAGGCAGCACCCUGCUGGGAUCCGUCUGCGUUAGUUAGCUCUCCCAGACACCUGAAGCAAUCGCCGGGCCACCGGUUUCCGGUACAGACCAGCCAGCUCUCCCCAGGAAUCUCAUCAGAACAGAACCAUGGGGCAUCCCCCUCUGGAGUUCAGCGACUGCUACCUGGACAGCCCCAAUUUCCGUGAGAGGCUCAAGUGUUAUGAGCUGGAGCUGGAGAGGACCAACAAGUUCAUCAAGGACGUGAUCAAAGACGGCAACGCGCUUAUCAGUGCAAUGAAAAGUUAUUCCACAGCUGUUCAGAAAUUUUCCCAGACACUGCAGUCCUUUCAGUUUGAUUUCAUUGGAGACACUCUGACUGAUGAUGAGAUUAACAUUGCUGAAUCCUUCAAGGAAUUUGCUGAAUUGCUCAAUGAAGUAGAAAACGAGAGGAUGAUGAUGGUACAGAACGCUAGUGAUUUGCUCAUCAAACCCCUGGAAAAUUUCCGGAAGGAACAAAUAGGCUUCACUAAGGAACGGAAAAAGAAAUUUGAAAAGGAUGGUGAGAGGUUUUAUUCUUUGCUGGAUCGGCAUUUACAUCUGUCCUCCAAAAAGAAAGAAUCUCAGUUACAAGAGGCAGACCUGCAGGUGGACAAGGAGAGGCACAAUUUUUUCGAAUCCUCCCUUGAUUACGUUUAUCAAAUCCAGGAAGUUCAGGAGUCCAAGAAGUUCAAUAUUGUGGAGCCGGUCUUGGCUUUUCUUCAUAGCCUCUUCAUUUCAAACAGCUUGACGGUUGAGCUCACACAGGAUUUCCUCCCGUACAAACAACAGCUCCAGCUCAGCUUGCAGAAUACAAGAAAUCAUUUCUGCAGUACCCGGGAAGAGAUGGAAGAACUUAAGAAAAGGAUGAAAGAAGCUCCCCAGACAUGCAAACUUCCAGGACAGCCAACCAUCGAAGGCUAUCUCUAUACGCAAGAGAAAUGGGCUUUGGGAAUAUCCUGGGUGAAAUACUACUGCCAGUAUGAGAAGGAGACCAAGACGCUCACCAUGACGCCUAUGGAGCAGAAGCCAGGUGCUAAGCAGGGGCCCUUGGACUUAACCCUGAAGUACUGCGUGAGAAGGAAGACGGAGUCUAUUGACAAGAGGUUCUGUUUUGACAUAGAAACUAAUGAAAGGCCAGGAACCAUCACUCUGCAGGCCCUUUCAGAAGCUAACAGAAGGCUAUGGAUGGAGGCCAUGGAUGGGAAGGAGCCUAUAUACCACAGCCCCAUAACGAAACAGGAAGAAAUGGAGCUUAAUGAAGUGGGCUUCAAGUUUGUGAGAAAGUGCAUCAAUGUCAUUGAGACCAAAGGGCUCAAGACAGAGGGAUUGUACCGUACCGUGGGCAGCAAUAUUCAGGUUCAGAAGCUGCUGAAUGCCUUUUUUGAUCCUAAAUGCCCAGGAGAUGUUGAUUUUCAUAAUAGUGACUGGGACAUUAAGACAAUCACCAGCUCUUUGAAAUUCUACCUCAGGAAUCUUUCUGAACCUGUCAUGACCUAUAGACUGCACAAAGAACUGGUCUCUGCUGCCAAGUCUGACAACCUGGAUUACCGGCUGGGUGCCAUUCACUCCUUGGUAUAUAAGCUACCAGAAAAGAACCGAGAGAUGCUGGAACUUCUUAUAAGACACUUGGUCAAUGUGUGUGAGCACAGCAAAGUGAAUCUUAUGACCCCCUCCAACAUGGGGGUGAUCUUUGGUCCCACGCUGAUGAGAGCUCAGGAAGACACUGUAGCUGCCAUGAUGAACAUCAAAUUCCAGAACAUCGUGGUAGAAAUCCUAAUUGAGCACUUUGUCAAGAUCUAUUCAGGUCCACCUGAGGAAAGUGCUGCUCCCCCAGUGCCCCCGCCUCGAGUGACAGCAAGAAGGCACAAACCAAUCACCAUUUCAAAGCGCUUGCUGCGGGAAAGGACGGUUUUCUAUACUUCUGCCCUGGAUGAAACUGAAGGUGAAGUCCAACAUCGAACACCCAACGGUACUAUCGCCAGCAGUAUCGAAGCCCCCAAACUGCCUGUUCAGAAGACUGGGGAAGCCGAUCCUGGGAGAAAGUCCCCGAACAGACCUGUUUCAGAUGGCAAGUUGGAGUCGUCCCUUGAGGUGGACGUGGGGAAGUUGGUGUCUCGGCUGCAGGAUGUAGGGACCAAGGCCCUACCAAAGGCCACCAAUGGACCAGUGCCAGGCUCCGGGCCCAGCAAGGCCCUCUCUUUCCACAUAAAGAGACCAGCUCCUCGGCCUGUGGCUCACCCCAAGGAGGGCGACGCUGACAGUUUCAACAAAGUACGACCUCCAGGAGAAAAGCCAACCAUCAUCCGUCCCCCAAUGAGGCCUCCAGACCCUCCCUGCCGGGCAGCUGCUCCCCAGAAACCAGAACCAAAGCCAGAUACUGUAGCUGGCAACGCGGGGGAAAUCCCGCCAUCCGUGGUGGCUUCCAGGACCAGGUUCUUUGAAACAGCUUCCCGGAAAACAGGAAGCUCUCAAGGAAGACUUCCAGGAGAUGAGAGUUGAGGCCUCAGGUUUUUAAAGCCUUGGCCUCAGAGGACCCUUUCCCGGCUCUGGAAGGGUCUUCCUCCAACCCUUGUGUGCUGAGUCAAUUUGUGUGGAAGAGUAGUAGCUCCUUUGUGGCCCUGUACCUUUAGGCUCUGGGAUGCCAUAAAGUAAGGGGCACAUGUCCUAGAACAGGUUUAUUUCUCCUUUAUAUUCUGUCUUCAUUCCCUCAGAAGUUCUUUCUCCAGCUCCCGUAGGACUGUGAAUGGCUGAACUCCCUCAAGCCAGACUCUGUAAAAACCAAGCACUCCACUGACCUGAGUUGAAGAGGGGAGCUCGGUUUUCAACUCUUAUUUGAACUUCCUGCCUCCCCAAAAGAACAUGGAACUCUGAGAGAUUUGGGGCUAGCGAAUGAUCUCAGAGGUCUUACCCUAAACCAAAAGCUACUUGAGUUGGGGCCAUUGCUUAACUUGGAACCAGGGCAGCUGGAACGUUUGCUGAACAAUGGAGAAUCAUAACAUGUCUCUUGCUAAGGAUAUGGACCCUGGUGCCAGGCUGGAGCGCUGGUGCUGCAAUAAGUUUCCAAGACCCCGUGUGUUCCUUCAUCCAGCCGCUUAGGACAAAUCUGCAAAGCAUGUUUUGCAUGUCAAAGCCUAGGUCUCUUUGAAUUCUUCUUCUGCCUGUUUUCUCCUAAUAGCUUCCUUUCCAAGCAAUCGAGAAAGAAAAAAAAAUUGCAAACAAUUCUCUAAAAAAUGGAGACUGUUUCUCCUGCAGGAGUUCCAAUUAUGGGUCAAAUGCUGGAGGAAAAAAAAAGUUAAGAUGGAUUGAGGCCAGGCAGCUGUCACUGUUGCGUCAUGUGUGUACCUUCUGCAGAUAAACUCUUAUUUUCUGAAAGAAGCAGUCCUUCACCCAGUGCCUACGGAUUCAGGAACGUCACGAAGCCUCUAAAACGGUAUGCAGAAUUCUAUGACAGUGUGCCUUUCCUGGGAAGAGAUCCAUAAGAUUCGACUGCAUUUCAACUGGGCCUGUGGCCCAAUAAAGGUUGAGAAGCACAGCCCUGAGAUAAAAGACACUUUUUACAACCCAUCAUGUAUUUGAUUGGAAGGGCCUUUCAAAAUAAUAAUGUAGUCUAACCUCCUAGUUUACCAUUGGGGAAACUGAGGCAGAACAUGUUAGCAGCCAUGCCUAAGCAAGAUCCCAGGCCCCUGGGCUCCUUCUAUUUAAGGUUCUUUGCAUGACACCACACAUUUCUAGCAAGGGGCAGUAUGAUGGAUGACUUUACUGAUCAUCAUUUUGGGGGUUUGGCUGUUACCCUCUUUUGCUAGCCCCACAUAUUUGCCACCAAAUGGAAACCUUGCAGACAUAAGCUCCUAGUCUUCCCCAUUUGCCAUGUCAAUCGUUGGAAAGGAACUAAAGCGCAGUUGGUGUAGUGAGUGGGACAUCUGAGGAGCAGACAUUUCUGAUGCCUGACAGUUGAAGGGAAGCUGCUAGAGAAAGUCAUGGCUCAUGGCCCAGCGUGGGAGAAAGGGCUUUCCAACUUGGGCCUUCCAGCAAGGCCCUGCUGGUGUACCGACUGCAACACUGAGAGAGAAAUGGAGACAUGGGGGUGGGGGAGGCAAGAGAUAGGGUGAGAUAGAGGGAGAUGGAGGAAGGUGACGAGAGAGAGAGAAUGAAUAUGAAAGAAUGAGUGUGCACGCAUGCCCAAACCAACUCUGAGAUGCCUUUGGAACAGUGUGUUUCUGAAUGGCAGUAGGCACUUUCAAGACUAAACUCUAAAUGUGGUCUAUUGCUGAGUUAGUAACACAUGGGCUAAACACACUGAGAGCCUGUCAGGAAGUAAUUGACUGGAAACUCGAUGUCAUUCCCAAUGAAGACAUGCCCAGGUAGCCACGUUGGACUCUCUCAACUCUAAGCCCAAGUUGCCAAGAAACCCAGAGCAAGAGAGCCAGCCAAGUGGCCACCAUUGUACCCGCUGCUCACCCCCAAAGGAAAUCCCUGUGAGGCCCACUGUUCUCAACCAGGUAGUGCUUGUUGAGCCCAGGUCUCGGAGCUGUGGCCUCUCUGCUGUCCCAUUAGAAGACUAAAGCAAGCCAGUGUGCAGGUUUGCAGCCUCAAGAUCAUGGAGAACUAGAGAAAGCCACUGUGAUCCCAGUAAAACAGGUGUCCCAGUAAUGUGGCCAUGACAUUGCUGUCCUGGGACACUGAACGAGAGCCUGUCCUAAAGAGUUGGGACCACCAGUGUGGUUGGAGGCCAUGGAACAGUGGCUGGCUAGUUCUGCCACUGCCCUGGGCUAUACCCAAAGAAUGGCGAAGGAUGAACCUAGUGUUUCCCUUUUCGCAAUCUGAUGUAAAAAGCAAAAGCUUUCUAUGGUGAGGCACACUGUCAUGGAAUGCGACUGGCCUGGGUCAGGCUUGAGGGAUGGAUAGUCAUUCAGUAGAGGCUCUGGGAGGGGGAUGGUCAUCGGAGAGUGGCGAUUCCAGGAAGUUAUCCACGUACCUUGCCUGGCAGGUUAGAGAAAGUGGCCAUGGAUGAAGUGUGAAUGUGAAUCUCAUGGUGGUAACAUUUCCUGAGCACAUAUUAAGUGCUAGGAGCUCCAUACACAUGAUGUCAUGCAGUCCUUCAACAUGCAGGUAGAUGCUGUCCUCAUUUGGUAGAUAAAGGAUCUAUGGCCCAGGGGGCUAAAGGAACUCGCUCAAGGUCACACAAAUGUAAAUAACAGAACUGUGACUCUAAUCCAGGCCUCUGUGACUGUUCCCCAUGCUGCUUUCCCUGUGCCACACAGAGGCCACAUUCCUGGAGAUGACGCGACUCAGACUCUUGCCGGCCUAACAAGGUAGUAACAGGCAAGGGUUUGAGGGGAAGGAGGGGAUGCAGGUCCAGUUUCCAGGGGAGCAAAAACUGGGCUGGAAGGGAUUUCUGUGUGGCACUUUCUCCUCACCUCCAGUAUACCCUGUAGAUAGUGUUUUACAAAGAUCAUUGAAUUUUACCUUGUGAGAUGGGUGAUUUCUUUUUCAGUUGGUAGUUUGUAGGUCCUUGGCUAAGCUGUUUCUCAAAGGAAAAAUGAAGGUCCUGUUUGUGUCUGUGUACUGCACCAAGUUGGUAACAUUUCAGCUCAAGACAACUGGCGUCAUCCACACAUGCAGUUCAAGAAGUCGGAAAGGUCUCAGUACCUCGUGGCCAAAUCCCUACCAGGUUUUUCUGCAGCAACAGCAAAAGUUAUGAGAUAAUUUAGAAUAAGAAACAUUACUGAAGUUUUUGUUUAAAACAGGGAGAGUGUGUGUUUGUAGGGGGGGGGUUGUCUAGCCACUGAGGGGCGAAACUCAGCAUCCCAUUUUAAUAAUGAAAUAGUGUCAUGUAGAGUGCUAAAAUAAUUGGCUAUCAUGGUGAAGUCUCCUUUCAUUUUCAAGAAGUUCCUUGAUUGUGUAAUAACUAGGAAAAAAUAGUAGAGAAAGAAGGAUUUCUGUGACUAGAAAAAAAUUGCUUUUGAGAGAAAGUAGAUCAAUGAUACUGUUUUGAAUGUAGCUGCAGACAUGGCCUUGACACAUUACAAGCCCAGAAAAAGCUUCAGAAGCAUUCAAUAAUUGCAGAGACAAGCAAGACGCCGUGAAGAGCUGUUUUUGAUGAAGACAAGCCUUCAUUUUCAUAAGAAAAGAAGCACUUGGUACCAAGGACAUUAGUAGAUGCUAGACUGCCUAUGUGAAAUACAUAUAUGAAAUCAGAAAAACGAAUCAAAUCCUGGGGUCCGUUCAUGUGAUUUUCAAUAAAGUAUGCUGACUGUCUAGUA